AUGAAGGUGGAAGAACUUCUUAACCCAUCUCCCACAGAGGAGCCAGCGGAUUCGAUAACUCAACCACCUCAGCCAGCAGCGUCCACCUUGCAGACACCAGCACUGACUACUCACAAACCAUAUAAGAACAAGAUGCCUAAAGAUGCCCCAAUAUUUCGUAAAGGACCAACUAAGGGCGACGUGUUAUUUCCUCCGCAUGAGGCAGAAGACGAUGACGAGCUAGCAAAGCAUUAUGAGCAUUUUCAUAUAUAUCCACGUGGCGAGAUUGCGCAGCAUUGCCACCAUAUCCCUUAUAGCUCGGAUAAGAAAACAUUCCUAAGUAAAACCGGCAGAGACGCAUUUGAAGUAUUUCAGUAUACAUUCAGACUUCCAGGUGAAGACCGGGAAUACGUUGUCAUGUGGGACUACAAUAUCGGACUCGUCAGGAUCACACCCUUCUUCAAGUGCUGCAAGUACUCCAAGACAACGCCUGCGAAAGUACUGAACGCGAACCCUGGACUGCGAGAUAUUAGCCAUAGUAUAACCGGAGGCGCUUUGUCGGCACAGGGGUAUUGGAUGCCAUUCGCCUGCGCGAAGGCAGUUGCGGCCACGUUUUGUUUCCAUAUUCGCUAUGCGCUUACGCCUCUCUUUGGCAAGGACUUUGCAGAUCUUUGUGUACGUCCAACUGAUGCAACAUUCGCCAAUUUCAAGAUCGACAGCUCCAUCAUCAAGGCUUGCACAAUUGAGACCCAGCAGUGGCUUCAGCGGGCCGACGCACACAUAACACCAGGCUCUUCAUGCGAGCAGUCUGAGACCCCUGGCACUUCAAGAGUAAAUGUACCGUCUACUUCACUUAAGAGGCCCAAGCCACGGCUUCCCAAAAUUGCUACUUCACCAGAGAGUGGCUACGGCACAGAUAGUGAAUGGAGUGACUGCGCCCAUGACAUAUCGCCAAGAUCGACGUGGCAAGCGGUCAAUAAACCACGGGAUGGACAGAAAGACGCUGUCGAAGUCAACGCAGCUGAAACUCUUCUCCUUCUGUCCUCACCAAAGACUAAGACACCUCAGAUGCUUGUGGUUCCAGCGAACACAAUUAGCGUCAAAGCUUCAAGCAAGAAAAACAAUUGCAAACGUUUACACGAUGAGCUCGAGCACGUUUCCGAUGAGAAACAAUCACCUCACAAGCCAGGGUUGUCGAUUAAUAGGGAACGGAUCGAACAUGGAGUACCAGAUUCAAGAGCUGCUCUGGUGCUCUUGCAAUUCCGAGCACGUGGAGCAACUAUCUGUACGGUCGUUGAAGACAAACACCGAGAGAAGCGUCAGCGAAGGAACUCUGUGCCCCAUCAGAUUCCAUAA